AUGAUCUCUGCUCUCUUGUGUAUGGGCCACAACAAGUAUGACAUCGCCAAGCAGCUCAAUGUCAGUCGGAUGACUGUCCACAAGAAUGAGAAAGACCUCAAAGGUCGACUUCAAUUAGGCAAACCUCAAGUUGUCAACUGUUUGACAGUAAUUAUAGUAUUUUCUUUUUUUUCAGAUAUUGACACUGAUAUUUUUGACUCCAACCAUGGUGCACUUGAUCUUUCUCAAAAGAACUAUUCUCCAGCACAGAUCAUUAUAAAACAGGAACCAUCAGAAAAGGAAAAAAUUGCCAACAGUACCAGAGCUAACAAUAAUACCAACACAGCAACUGUUGCAAAUAUUACUAACAUUAUCAGCAACAAUAGCAACAGUUGUAAUAACAUUAUCAGUGCUAUAAAUUCUAACAUCACAAAUAUCAGCGAGGAUGACAAUAAUAUCAUCAAUGACAGUAACUCUAUUGACAGCCCACUUUCAAACAGCACUACUCUGCCCACUUCCAAUGUUCAGCCAACACUGAUAUUUAGCACAACAACCAGCUGUCCAGUGAAAACAGAGACCCCAAUUUUACCAAACAUAUCAAUAAAAUCAGAACCUACAGAAUUUAUGGAUACUAGUUCAGAUCAUUCAGGUUAUGAAUCCAUGAAUCUUCCACCCACCCCUCCCAGUAGCAACACCAGUGACAGUGAAGGUAGCUUCAGCCCUCUGCGUUCUGCACCAUCAAGUCCAGUACGGCCAGUAUCAACAGCAAAGUCUCUUCCAUCCAACAAUACUAAACAUAUUUCUCAACCAUUGUUUACUAAUCCGAUCCCUCAGUCUGGCUAUCUUAUAUUAAGUGAAGAAGAGAAGAGGACAUUAAUUGCUGAAGGUUACCCUAUCCCAGGGAAGUUGCCACUAACCAAGCAAGAAGAAAAAAAUUUAAAGAAAAUUCGCCGGAAAAUAAAGAAUAAGAUAUCUGCUCAAGAAAGUCGAAGGAAGAAGAAAGAAUAUCUAGAAACUCUAGAGAAACAAGUUGAAGCAUUCACUCAAGAAAAUGUGGACCUGAAAAAAAAAGUUGAUUCUUUAGAGACUAACAACAGGUCACUCAUUGGUCAGUUACAGAAACUUCAAGCUCAGUGUGGGAAAAUCCCACGAUCCAGUUCAGCCUCUUCCACACAGACUGGGACUGUUCUCAUGGUUGUCGUGCUGAGUUUUGCUGUCUUCCUCGGCAGUUGGGCACCAACAUCUCUGAACAUUGGUUACUCAUCUCCAUCGAAUCAACCUGAUAUCUUCUAUUCUAAUCCACGCCCUAUGCAUCCAUCGCCUUCAAUGGGGCCACAGUUGCAGAAUGUCCGAGUGGCUGACUAUCCAUCACGUAGCAUGAAAUCACGUGUACUGUUGUCUGUUAGAGAUGAGCUUGAAGACAAUGGUUUGUUUGGUCCCAAUGUUCCAAUGAAGAAUACAGCAGACCACAAUGCUGACUUUCCUCUAAAGGCCAAUAAAAGCCAUAUGGGAACAAAGCCAAUAAUGUGGCAACUGUUAUCUUUCAAGGUGCCAUAUAUUGUCAACUUUCCCCUGACCAAUAGCUCCAGAUUGGAAUUACCAUUUUCAAUUGCCCUACAAGAUAAUUUCCACAACAAACAAGCUGCAACUGGAUAUCACAACUUCUGCUGAAAAUUUACUAAUUUUGGCAUCUGGUAACACUACUGCUAAAAUUGAAAAGCCCUUAAUAUGGACAGUUAACAAAGAUUUAUAAUUAUUUUUCUUUUCUUCUUUGGGUUUUCCUCUAAGACUUUAUUACAUAAACUGGAGGUUGUCAUUCAAGAUACUAGAUUUCUUUAUCUUUCUUUUCAAUAUUGUAUUCUUCCGCCCUCCUCCUUUUCCUCUUCUCUCAUAUUCAUGUGAUAACUGGUUAUACAGAAUACCCUGUGGCAUAAAUAUAAUGUCAACAUCGCAAUACAUAGUUUACAGCAUUUCUUGUUGAAAGAUUCUUUGCAAAUCUUUUGGCAGAACUAACAUGUGAAAGAAGUAAGGUGUGUAUUUUUCAUCAUUGCUUCUUUACACCUUCAUUUAUGUUUGAGGAAUGCAUAUGUAUGGGGUGAAAAAUAUGUUUACUGCUGUUGUAGUUACUAAUUAAAAUAUUGUAGAAAUGAAUUGGUCGAUUUAGCUAUUAAAAUCUUGUUUUGUUGGGUCAUCUAAACUCUAUGUAUAAUACAAGGUAGGGAAUAUUUAUUAAGUCUGUUUUCAUUCUGACUGUUGUCUAUAGCUUGCUUGCCAUAAACAGUCUGGUUGAAUUUCCCAAUAACUGAACAGAUCUUUUUCUCUAGCUGCUAUUUAAUGUGUCUCUCCAAUUUUACAAUUUUUCUUGCCUUCCACAGUUGUGCCAGUGGGGUUAGGGAGAGUGGAAAUAGAGCUUUCACCUUUGAAGCUGAUUUAAUGUUGCAGUAAUCUGCAUUAUUUAAUUUUUGUUUUAAAUCCAGGGACCACAUAAGUGCAGUGCAAGCACCUCCCAUUACAUACAUUUAUCGUCUUAAAAAUUAGAUCUCUCUUCCUCUACAGGCAAAACAUAACAUUGCUUAAUAAUUUCAAUUAAAAAAGUAAAAAUUCUACAUAAAAGUUAAAUAGUAACCAAAGAUCCAUCUCAUUCCUCUUGUUGAUUACAUAGAACUUGCCAAUUUUCUUUUUCAUGUCUACUAUCUUGGGGACUUUAAUUCCCUAGGGCCUACUUAUAUUCUCUAGUAUAGUAAUACUUGAGGCCUUUUAUACUCUGGAUGAUUUUACAAGUAAAAUCUGUUAUAUUUCAAAUAUUAUUAUUGAAUAUUUUUUUAGUAUUUCCAGGCUAUCAAAAUUAUAUAAAAUUCAAUGAAUUUGAUAUGUAUAUUUGUGCAAUAGAAGCUAAUAGAUACUAAAAGUAGAAACUUACUUUUUCUUGUAAAUUAUUUUCACAAAAUGUUUUGGAACAAAAACACAAACAGUGGAAUUUUUUAUGUAUGUAAAGUAAAUAUUUUUAAUGACUAUAAAUAAUUGACAAAAAAAGAUUAACUAAAAGUAAAAUUAUUUUUAAAAGGCUGCCAAACUAGCAGCAUCACUCUUGUUAUGUGAGAGAAUUCUACAGAAGAAUCUUACUGGUUCAAAAUGUUAUGUUCAUGAUAUCGUGUUGGUAAUAAAAACACACAUUUGUUGUCUGUGUGUUUUCCUAUAAUAUUGUUAAAAUAUCAAAUGAAUAUUAAAGAUAUAUAGAUAUAUGUAUAUUUUUACAAACAUAUGCAGGCACGCUCUCUUAAAUCUGAAAAUUGUACCUUCAUAAUAAUCACUGUUAUAAAAUUAAAACAAAUCUCUCUACUGUGGCCCAUCAUUCUAUCAUGUAAUCAACCCACACUUGUUCUCCAUCCAUAUCACAGAAAAUGAUAUCAUUAAACUAUAUUUAUGAAUGUCUUUUUAUCUUGUAUCAUCAAAUAUGUCCAUUUAUUUUCUUCAUAAAAUAUUUUAUUAUUCAUGGUUGAAAGGUUGAUAUUUUGAUAUUUUAUGGCAUGCUGUUAUAUGCAUAAGAUGGCUCCCAAAUCAGCCCAUACAUUCAAUACAUAAUGAUAUAUGUAUAUAAAUCAAUUUACUUUGUUGAUAUUCAUUCCGAAACUAUAAAUAAAACAAUGUAUGGGCAAAGUCAUGGAUUUUUUCUCUGUCUUUCUCUCCAGGUUUUGGUUAAAUAUUUUUCUGGUUUCCAGUUGAAAAGGAGUCAUAAAAUAUCUAGUUAAUGAUUGACAAUAUUACUCUCUUCAUUACAAAAAUAAUAUGCAAAACAAAUUGGUUGAAUAAUAUCUUUAAUAAAUGUCUGCGUCCUUUAAAGUAUGGUAACUAAAACUAUCUAUAUUCCAUAUCAUUCUUUACCAAGGUUUAUUGGAUCAAAGAUUUUUUACAGUCUGUAUCACCUUGUUAAAUAUUGAAGUCUAUCAAGAAAAUUAGUAAACAGUGGAAUGAAAAGUGUUGGGGAAAAAUAAAUUAUUGAAAUGUAAUUUAUAUUAUAACAAAUCCUAAUUUCACAAAAUUAUGAACUAAAGAUUGUUAAAAUUUGAAAUAUGCAAAUCAAGACUGUUUUUAUUGAAUGUUAUAUUAGAUGUGUAAUAGGUGUCUGCAUCUAAUAACGGCUAAUUGCCAAUAUUCAAUUUAAGCACUUUAUUUCAAAUUCUUUUGAAAUUCUCAUUAAUACUUUUUCAUUCUGGCUGUCAAAUUGUGUUUUGAAAUCUAAAAGAUUUCUACUGUCCAAAUUUUGCCAUCAAGUUUUAAAAUGUCUGUCCAUUUAUCUUAACUCUAUUAUUAGUUGCUUAUGAUGUCUGACCAACAGCUAAGCUGUUGUCUCUCAUAGGUUGUGUCAAACAAUUUAGACAUUAGCAGCUGUGUUUCCUCAGUCUUACUAUUUUACAGAAACCAAAUCAGAAAAUAACAAAGUUUUAAAACCAUAAAAUACCAAGUGCCUAUGCUUCAUGGUUCUAAAUAUAUUUUUAUUUUAUACACUUCUAUUUUGCCAUUUACCCUUCAUGUACAAACUUACUUUCAAAUUUUUUUUUCAUUGUGAUUUGCAGACAACCAACCAACCGUCAAAGGGUAUAUAUACUCACACUUACUUGUGCAAGCGUGCGCACGCGCAUGCACACACAAAACACACACACACACAGUUGCAUGAAUUUUAAAGAAUACUUCAGGAAAUAUUUUUGUAUGUUAUUUGGUAAAAGAAAUUUACCAAAUCCUCCUCUGUCUUGUUAAAGGAUUGAAGAAAGCUCCAACUAUGUCCAUGUUUGCCUCUAUUUUAAAGGUAGCCUUCCAAGAUAAAAUAACUGUAGUACUUUGUUUCUCCUAUACAUGCUGCACUACACUUUUUAAAGCAGUUUCACAAAUGAUUUUUUCUCCCAAUUUUAUGUUGUUUGUCCCUAUUUUAAUGAAGUAUACUUGCAUAUAUCUCUGUAACAUCUUCAAUGAAAAAAUAUAUAUUUUCAGGUGUUUAUUUACUGUAUGUAUGUAUAUAUAUAUAUAUAUACUUGCACACCAUACGCACAUGAGAACAUUUCAUAUCAAAACAAAACACUGGUUAAAACCAGUUCACUACAUCCUUGUUGCUUUUUUGUAUUAUUAUUAUUAUUAUUAUUAUCAUUAUUAUUGCUGCUGCUGCUGUUGUUGUUGCUGUCACGCGUUAUUAUCAUUAUUACAAAAAUAAUGGUUAUCGUUCUCUAUCAACCAACUUCAUCAUUCUAUCAUCUUAGAUAUUCUGCCAACCUUUAUAACAAGUGCUUCCUUUCAACUGGUGGGAUACAGGAGAUAUGUAAUUAACUCAGGCUGUUAGCCAUCUUUUAAAUUUGCUUUACAUUGGUUCAUGAAAUUUUGGGGAAGAAUGCAUGUCAUUUAAAAAGAAAAUGGGGGUUAAAAUAAAUAUAUUUUUCUGGUAUUCAA